AUGGUUCGAAAGGAUCCCAUUUUUGAAGCUCGGACGAAUGUGAAGCUACACUCUAAUCGGCUUAAGAAGGAGGCCGCUCGUGCCGAAUCGACAUUCAAAUCCGAGAAGGCAAAAGCCGACAAGGCCAUGAAAAAUCGCGAAUUUCAGAUUGCUCGUAUCCACGCUGCCUCAGCUGUACGUGAGAAGCGAAGACAAGUGACACUUAGAGCAGAAGCAGCCCGCGCCGAUGUUAUCAUCAACGAACUCAAAGCAGCGCAGAGUACUCGUGACACAUCGCGUACUCUUGCGCUGGCAUCACGAGGCUUGGAUGCUGCAUCAAAAAGUGUGAAUCUCGAAACUUUGGUCUCCCACGCAAAUAACUUUUUGGCACGCUCGGAAGAUUUCAAGAUCGCAAGCGGCGCGAUUGAGGACGUUGCACAAGGGGUCUCCAUGCAGGAGUACGGUGCGGAAGGCGAGGCGGAAGUUGAUCGUCUUAUGGAGCAACUUGCCGAUGAUGCGGGCGUGGAUAUGCGUAUGGCCUUAGAAGCCGAUACGGCACCAAAAGAGGAUGUCAAGGAGCAGAAACAAGCCGAUAGCGAACUCGAGGACGGCUUAGGAGCGCGGCUUCGAGCCCUGAGGGCUGCCAGCUAA